CGGCCGUAAAGCGCGGCGGUCGAACGGCCGGUUCCGGCUGAAUGUCAGUGCGGAGCUGUGGGCCGGGGAGGAAGGUGGUUGGCGGUCCCUCUACCACCUCCGCCGCUGCCUCCUCCGCUUGUGCUGCCACUGCGGGCGCCCGGCCGCUCGGCCGCUCGGGCAUGAGACCGUGAGGCGGGCAACGGGUCGGGGCCGCCGACAUGUUUGGCCGCUCGCGGAGCUGGGUGGGCGGGGGCCAUGGCAAGUCUUCCCGCAACAUCCACUCCUUGGACCACCUCAAGUAUUUGUAUCAUGUCUUGACCAAAAACACCACAGUCACAGAACAGAACCGGAACCUACUAGUGGAGACCAUCCGUUCCAUCACUGAGAUCCUGAUCUGGGGAGAUCAAAAUGACAGCUCUGUAUUUGACUUCUUCCUGGAGAAGAACAUGUUUGUUUUCUUCCUGAACAUCCUGCGGCAGAAGUCAGGCCGCUAUGUGUGCGUUCAGCUGCUGCAGACCCUGAACAUCCUCUUCGAGAAUAUCAGUCACGAGACCUCCCUGUAUUAUUUGCUCUCUAAUAACUAUGUAAAUUCUAUCAUUGUCCAUAAGUUUGAUUUUUCUGAUGAAGAGAUUAUGGCAUAUUAUAUAUCAUUCCUGAAAACACUUUCGUUAAAACUCAACAACCACACCGUCCAUUUCUUUUACAAUGAGCACACCAAUGACUUUGCCCUGUACACAGAAGCCAUCAAGUUUUUCAAUCAUCCUGAAAGCAUGGUUCGAAUUGCUGUAAGAACCAUAACUUUGAAUGUCUACAAAGUGGAUAACCAGGCCAUGCUGCAUUAUAUCCGAGAUAAAACUGCUGUUCCUUACUUCUCCAAUUUGGUCUGGUUCAUCGGGAGCCACGUGAUCGAACUUGAUAACUGUGUGCAGACCGAUGAGGAACACCGGAACCGGGGGAAGCUAAGUGACCUGGUGGCCGAGCACCUGGACCACCUGCACUAUCUCAACGACAUCCUGAUCAUCAACUGCGAGUUCCUCAAUGACGUGCUCACGGACCAUCUGCUGAACAGGCUCUUCCUGCCCCUCUACGUGUACUCGCUGGAGAACCAAGACACGGGAGGAGAACGCCCGAAGAUCAGCCUGCCGGUUUCUCUCUAUCUCCUGUCGCAGGUCUUCCUAAUUAUACAUCACGCACCCCUGGUGAACUCAUUAGCUGACGUCAUUCUGAAUGGUGAUCUGUCUGAGAUGUACGCUAAGACUGAACAGGAUGUUCAGAGAAGUUGUGCCAAGCCCAGCAUUCGGUGCUUCAUUAAGCCCACCGAGACACUUGAGCGCUCCCUUGAGAUGAACAAACACAAGGGCAAGAGGCGGGUGCAGAAGAGACCCAACUACAAAAACGUUGGGGAGGAAGACGAGGAGGAGAAGGGGCCCGCCGAGGAUGCCCAGGAAGACGCUGAGAAGACUAAAGGUACUGAGGGUGGUUCAAAAGGCAUCAGGACGAGUGGGGAGAGUGAAGAGAUAGAGAUGGUGAUCAUGGAACGUGGCAAGCUCCCGGAGCUGGCGGCCGGCACCUCCGUGCAGGAACAGAACACCACGGACGAGGAAAAGAGCGCUGCCGCCACGGGCUUGGAGAGCGCGCAGUGGAGCAGACCCUUCCUAGAUAUGGUGUACCACGCCCUGGACAGCCCGGAUGACGACUACCAUGCCCUGUUUGUUCUCUGCCUCCUCUACGCCAUGUCUCAUAACAAAGGCAUGGAUCCUGAAAAACUCGAGCAAAUCCAGCUCCCGGUGCCCGGUGCAGCCGAGAAGACCACCUACAACCAUCUCCUGGCCGAGAGACUCAUCAGGAUCAUGAACAACGCGGCCCAGCCAGAUGGGAAGAUCCGCUUGGCGACGCUGGAGCUGAGCUGCCUGCUCCUAAAGCAGCAAGUGGUGACCAGCAUGGGCUGCAUCAUAAAGGACGUGCACCUGGCCUGCCUAGAGGGUGCCCGAGAAGAAAGUGUUCACCUAGUUCGGCAUUUUUAUAAGGGAGAAGAAAUUUUCUUGGACAUGUUUGAAGAUGAGUACAGGAGCAUGACAAUGAAGCCCAUGAACGUGGAGUAUCUCAUGAUGGACGCCUCCAUCCUCCUGCCCCCCACGGGCACGCCACUGACUGGCAUCGACUUUGUGAAGCGGCUGCCAUGUGGGGACGUGGAGAAGACCCGGCGGGCCAUUCGGGUGUUCUUCAUGCUCCGCUCCCUGUCGCUGCAGCUGCGAGGGGAGCCCGAGACCCAGUUGCCCCUGACGCGGGAGGAGGACCUGAUCAAAACGGAUGACGUGCUAGAUCUGAACAACAGCGACCUGAUUGCGUGCACAGUGAUCACCAAGGACGGCGGCAUGGUCCAGCGCUUCCUGGCUGUCGAUAUUUACCAGAUGAGCCUGGUGGAACCCGACGUGUCUAGGCUCGGCUGGGGAGUGGUCAAGUUCGCCGGCCUCCUGCAGGACAUGCAGGUGACGGGUGUGGAGGAUGACAGCCGUGCCUUGAAUAUCACCAUCCACAAGCCUGCGUCCAGCCCUCACUCCAAGCCCUUCCCGAUCCUCCAGGCCACCUUCGUGUUCUCGGACCACAUCCGCUGCAUCAUCGCUAAGCAGCGCCUAGCCAAGGGUCGCAUCCAGGCAAGGCGCAUGAAGAUGCAGAGGAUAGCCGCCCUCCUGGACCUCCCGAUCCAGCCGACGACCGAAGUCCUGGGGUUUAGACUUGGCUCCUCCUCUUCCACCCAGCACCUGCCUUUCCGUUUCUACGACCAGUGCCGCCGGGGCAGCAGCGACCCCACGGUGCAGCGCUCUGUGUUCGCGUCGGUGGACAAGGUGCCAGGCUUUGCCGUGGCCCAGUGCAUAAACCAGCACAGCUCGCCGUCCCUGUCCUCAGCAUCUGCCAGCGGGAGCCCCAGCGGCAGUGGGAGUGCCAGCCACUGUGACUCUGGGGGCACCAGCUCCUCGUCCACCCCUUCGGCCACCCAGAGCCCGUCAGAUGACCCCAUAGCUAUGGAACAGCCUCAGCCUCAUCUUCCCAGCCAGUUGGUGAUCGUCAACGAAACGGAAGCAGAGGCCAGGCCCAGCAAGAGCCUGGCAAGGAGCGCAGACGCGGAGACAGUCAGCCUGUCCCCCAGCCUCAUCCCCACCCAGCAGCCCACCAUCUCCCUGCUCUGUGAGGACACUGCCGACACGCUGAGCGUGGAGUCGCUGACCCUCGUCCCUCCCGUCGACCCCCACAGCCUCCGCACCCUCACCGGCAUCCCCACGCCGCCCGCACCCGCCGCGGUGGGCACAGCAACACCCGGCGAGGAGGCCGCACCCCCGGAGCCAGCGGGCCCCGCCGAGCACUGAGUGGGCGCCGAGCGGCCUCCCUUUGUGUGUGUGGCCCCGCUGGCAGGGACCCAGGAUAGCCGGCUCAGA